GGUUCCCGCCGGCCAUUAUUAAAACAAGUGCCGAUCGCCGUUGACCUUUCACCGGUUUUAUCUCAAAUUUCGCAUUUUCUGUUCAAACUUCGUGUCAAACAGACGUAUUUUCGACAAUGCCUGUCCCCAGCAUCCAAAAGCCGGCCCCCAUCUUCAAGGGCACAGCCGUCGUUGAUGGCCAAUUCAAAGAAAUCAGUCUCAAGGACUACAGUGGACAAUACGUUGUCCUGUUUUUCUACCCACUUGAUUUCACUUUCGUUUGCCCCACCGAAAUCAUCGCCUUCUCCGACCGCAUCAACGAAUUCAAGAAGAUCAAGACGGCGGUGAUUGGGUGCUCCACCGACAGCCACUUCUCGCAUUUGGCGUGGGUGAACACCCCGCGGAAACAAGGGGGCUUAGGGCAGAUGAACAUCCCGCUUUUGGCCGACAAAAGCAUGAAAAUCGCCAAGGAGUAUGGGGUUUUGGACGAGGAGUCUGGGGUGACGUUCAGAGGGCUGUUCAUCAUCGACCCUAAGGGGGUCUUGAGACAAGUCACUAUUAACGACUUACCGGUGGGGCGCUCUGUUGAUGAGACUCUUCGUUUGGUCCAAGCCUUCCAGUACACCGACGAACACGGAGAGGUGUGCCCCGCUAACUGGGCCCCCGGGAAGAAAACCAUGGUUCCGGACCCCCAAGGAAGCAAGGCGUACUUCCAAGAAGCGAAUUAAUAACUCUGUUACUCUCUCAUACAGUAUUUUGUGUUUAUUUUUUCAAAUAAAAUGAUUAACAAAUCAA